AUGCAGCACGGCGGCUGGCCGUUUCAUCUUGCAUCGAUGCAAGGUGGUCAGGGCGCUCCGAUGCCGCCAGGUCCCAAUGGCAUGAUGGGUAUGCCAACUGACUUCUCCAACUUUUCGCCUGCCGGCCCAUCGUCGUCCAUGGCACACCCUCUUUCCUCGCCAGCGCCAGCGAAUACCCCGAUGCCAAAUCGGACCGCGUCCAACCCUUCCAUGAUGCAGAGGUCCAUGAAUGAGCAGCGUUCUGCCUCUACCUCUUUUUCAGCGACGGGACAUACACCUUCCAUUCGCCAUGUAUCGCAGCCUAUGACCCAUACCCCUGCACGCACACCUCGGGGAAACAUCAAGGUUCCCUCGGAUAUGGGUGGGUCUACACCAGCUACACCUGUUCCUGACUCGGCAGACAAUUCCAUGACCGGUUCGACGCCCAUGUCUGUGAACAUGGGCCCUUCCUCAGCGCGUGCCAACGCCAAGAGGCGCACCCCUGCCAAGGGUGAGAAGGAUAGCAAGACAGGUCGUCGCAAGAUUAAAAUUGAGUUUAUUGACGACGACUCACGCCGCCAUAUCACCUUUAGCAAGCGAAAGGCUGGUAUCAUGAAGAAGGCGUAUGAACUUGCUACCUUGACUGGUACGCAGGUGCUGCUUUUGGUGGUAUCACAAACCGGGUUGGUUUACACAUUUACUACGCCCAAGCUAGAAGCCGUUGUGAAGGAGCCUGAAGGUCGGAACCUGAUUCAAGAGUGCCUGAACGCGCCUGAUCCUGUGAAGCCAUCGGCAGGUGGCGCGAACAUGCCUGGUCCUUCUUCCAUGCCCAUCAUGAAAGAGGAUUAUGUUGAUAACGAAGAAGAAGGAGAUGAAGAUGAAGAUGAGGAUGAAGAUGCGAUCGGCAUGGACCCAAGCCGCGCUGAUGCUGGCUUUACAGCUCAGGCUAUUGGUGCUACGCCCGUCGGCGAUGGCCCUGUAUUCCCUCACGCCACAGCUCCUCUUUUCAAUCCGGGAUGGGGUGCACAGACGCCUGGCGCCGUGGGUUCAAGCAAGCGUGUGGAUGGCGUGGAGCCCUCUCCGGUAGCCGCCCUGAAGCGCCGUCGCACCCAGCCCAAUCUAUCUGUGUCUAUGCCCGGCAUGUGGAUGGGCCCGUCCCCUGAACUACCAGCCCAAUAUUACCAUCCUAAUGCCAUGAUGCCCAUGUCUUCCAUGAAUGAUAAUCUAAUGCAGAGUAUGCCAAUGUUGUUCGGCCAGCCUACUAUCACAUCGGAGCAACUCGCGACGUCUCCUAGUUCGGGCACUGGACCUAAUACACCGACCAUUCCUACGAAUACUACGCCGAGUACUGCAGCAGGGACGUCUACGUCCCCAAAUGCUGCUUCUUCCUCCCAUGACACUUCGAAGACCACCUAA